UGAAUAUAUAAUCAUUCGCAUACACAGAUUUAACUUUAAAUAGUGGUUUAUUAUAAUAAGACGUACAUCUGGAUUAAUUAAUUACAACAGUUAGGAUUUUGGAUUUUAUAUUUUGUAAAAAGAUGAUAGUAAAGACAGCAUUUAUUCUUUUCGGACUUUUGAGCUAUGUCAAAACAUGGGAAUUACGGCCACCAGGAUACCCAGCAAUAACGUAUAAAGGACAUACUAAUUCACCCAUAACAGGGCAUACUGUACAGCUAGAAUGUUCAUCAGCAGGCGGCAUGCCAACACCUAAUAUCACAUGGUAUGUGGAUGAAAGACUUCUAACAAAUUCUCAAAACAUCACCGUUUCCCCAGUUACCACUACGGCAGACGUAACAUCAUCGACUUUGACUAUAAGUCAUGUGACAAUUGGUGAACAUUUACAAGUUUUUAAGUGCAAAGUUGACAAUGGUGUCUUGCAAAGUGAUCUUGUCGCUACGUUUUAUAUAGUUGCACCACCUGCGCCAGCUCUAACAGGAAAAGACACUGUAUUAGCUGGUGAUACAGAAACAUGGUUUUGUUCGUCUACGGCAGGAUUUCUGGAACCAAAGAUGACUAUGUACCUUAAUAACGUACCCAUUCAAAGUGGUUUUACGGUAGACAAAUCUGCUGGCGGAGUGAUUGGCACUCUUAUUUGGACCGCACAAUCAAUGAACGAUGGUGAUAAACUCACCUGUAAAAUUGAACAUGACCUUUUUGAUGCUAAGUCAACAAGCGUAAUUGUUGCGGUACAAGCCACACCAGACCAUCCUAUAUUUACCGGCCAGACAGUAUUCAAUCCUGGUCAACAACAACAAUGGACGUGUGAAUCAAAGGGAGGCAAUCCGGCUCCUGAUAUGACUAUCACAAUAAACAAUAAUCAAAUAUAUAAUGGAAUUACAUCAUACGAAGUAAAAGAUUACGUUACAAAAACAACAGAAAUGACGACAACACUUAAUUGGGCGCCAUCAAUAGCAAAUGAUGGGGACAGUCUCUGCUGUAAAGUUACCCACGUGACACUUUCGUAUACACAAUCGUCAUGUUUAAUCCUUCAACUUGCUCAGGUUGCCACACAGCCACCGACAAUUUCGGGCUCUCCAUUAGUUUAUAUUGGACAGUCAUCGCAGUUCUCAUGUACAACCUUGGGUGGAUAUCAAAAGCCGAACAUGGUUAUGACAAUUGGGGGUAUUGAUAUAACAAGCGGUAUAUCUAACCAGGACACACAAGAUUCUAACACUCAAAGGUGGAGAGUAACCCAAACCGUUUCAAUGAUAGCAACUGCAUUCAAUGAUGGACAAAAAAUAUGCUGUGAAGUUCCAAUGCUACAGCCAGUAUGUCUUACGUUAUCAGUACAAGCUUCAUUACAACAAGCAACAAUUUCUGGUCCUACAUCCGUUAUUUCUGGCCAGUCAACACAGUGGACAUGUAUAACAAAAAAUGGACAUCCAAAGCCUAACAUGAUGAUGACAAUGGAUGGUGUUCGAAUAACAAACGGUUUUUCUAGCAAGGAAAUACAAGAUUCUUACACGAACACUUGGACAGUUACUCAAUACGGCAUGAUGGCCCCAACACCAAUCAACGAUGGGAAAAAGAUAUGUUGUGUAGUGGAAACACUUCAGCCUGUUUGUCGCACCAUAGCAGUACAAGCCCCUCUACAAACACCAACAAUAGUAGGUCCUUCUAACGUCAUCAUUGGCCAGUCAACGCAAUGGACAUGUACAUCAGCAAAUGGACAUCCAAAACCUAACAUGGUCAUGACACUUGAUGGUUCUAUCAUAACAAACGGUUUUACUAGCACAGAAAUACUAGACCCUAACACGAAUACGUGGACAGUGACUCAAAAUGUAAAAAUGAAUCCAACUGCACUCAAUGCUGGACAAAAGAUAUGCUGUCAAGUACCAACGCUACAGCCAGUAUGUCGUACCCUAUUAGUACAAGCUUCACUACAAACACCAACAUUAGUUGGUCCUUCUCAAGUUACUAUUGGCCAGUCAACGCAAUGGACAUGUACAUCAACAGAUGGAUAUCCAAAGCCUAGCAUGACUAUGACACUUGGAGGUUCUACCAUAACAAACGGUUUAGCUAGCACAGAAUAUCUAAAUCCUAACACGAACAUGUGGACAGUAACAAAAAGCGUCACUAUGAUCCCAACUGCGGUCAAUGAUGGACAAAGGCUAUGCUGUCAAGUAUCAACACAACAGCCUGUAUGUCGUACCCUAGCAGUACAAGCUUCAGUACAAACACCAACAUUAGUGGGUCCUUCUCAAGUUACUAUUGGCCAGUCAGCGCAAUGGACAUGUACAACAGAUGGAUAUCCAAAGCCUAACAUGAUAAUGACAAUCGGAGGUUCUACCAUUACAAACGGUUUUCCUAUCCAAGACUAUCUAAAUCCUAACACGAAUAUGUGGACAGUAACUCAACGCGUCACUAUGAACCCAACCGCACUCAAUGAUGGUCAAAAGAUCUGUUGUCAAGUUCCAACGCUACAGCCAGUAUGUCGUACCCUGGUAGUACAAGCUUCAGUACAAACACCAACAUUAGUGGGUCCUUCUCAAGUUACUAUUGGCCAGUCAACGCAAUGGACAUGUACAACAGAUGGAUAUCCAAAGCCUAGCAUGAUUGUGACACUUGGAGGUUCUACCAUUACAAACGGUUUAACUAGCACAGAAUAUCUAAAUCCUAACACGAACAUGUGGACUGUAACUCAUAGCGUUACUUUGAACCCAACCGCACUCAAUGAUGGUCAAAAGAUAUGUUGCCAAGUACCAACGCUACAGCCAGUAUGUCGUACACUAGCAGUACAAGCUUCAGUACAAACACCAACAUUAGUGGGUCCUUCUCAAGUUACUAUUGGCCAGUCAACGCAAUGGACAUGUACAACAGAUGGAUAUCCAAAGCCUAGCAUGACUAUGACACUUGGAGGUUCUACCAUAACAAACGGUUUAACUAGCACAGAAUAUCUAAAUCCUAAUACCAACAUGUGGACUGUGACUCAUAGCGUCUCUUUGAACCCAACCGCACUCAAUGAUGGACAAAAACUUUGUUGCCAAGUACCAACGCUACAACCAGUAUGUCGUACACUAGCAGUACAAGUUGCACCGCAACCUCCAAUAAUGUUGGGUCCUUCAACAGUUAUUACUGGCCAGCAAUCGCAAUGGACAUGUACAUCAUCAGGGGGCAAUCCAAAGCCUACCAUGGUAAUAAAACUCAAUGGUGUAAUACAAAGCGGUACUUAUCCUUAUGAAACACAGAAUACAGCCCGGAAGACAUGGACUAUUAGUCAAACUUUUACUAUGAUCCCAACAGCCCUCAAUAAUGGACAAAGCAUAUGCUGUGAAGUUUAUCAUGUUGCAUUAACAACAACCCAAUCAACUUGUCGGACGAUUGCUGUACAAGGUACAGACUCACUUUGCCAAGGGCCAGCUACAGUAACGUUUGCGUUGGACGGAUCAGAUAGUAUAUCUAAUGACAAUUAUCAGACCAUGAUUGACUUUACAAUAAACAAUAUCAAUUCAUUCAACCUUGGUCAGAACUAUAUUAUGGUAGGGGCUUUGGUUUAUGGAAGUGAUGUCACGGCUAUUAAUCCAAUGGGUAACAAGGCAAACCUGAUUCAGGAAAUUCAAAGCAGACUUAUACAACCAAGAGAUGGCACUCAGACACACAAAGCUUUGGAAACCAUUCGUUUACAAAUGGUCAAUCUGCCAAGCACUCGUUCACGGGUAGCUAUCUUUAUUACGGAUGGCGAGUCAUAUGACAAAGUCCAAACAGAAAUACAAGCCAAUUUAGCAAAACAGCAAGGAGUUCUAAUUGCUGCAUUUGGCAUUGAUAUGAAACCUGGUACUGGUGGAUAUAAUGAACUGAACACAAUCGCCAGCUCCCCUGACCUUGUGUUUCUGUUUGAUAGCUUCAAUUCACUUAUUACCAAUAUUACAAUGAUAAAAGAUAUACUAUGUCAAGUUAUUACACCAUCUACUACAACAACACCUGCACCGCUUACGACAACACUAAAAACCGAACCAAUUGUAACUGAUCCAUUAUGUGAAGGUUGUGUAAUUGUUGAUGGACAUGCGUAUGUCGCACACGACAGUGACUGUUCUAAGUUCUACCACUGCUAUUUAACACAUGACACCAAUGGUGAUGAAAUCAUGGUGGCAAAGGAGGAAAAUUGUGCCGCUAAAACAUUUUGGUCCCAGGAACAUAAGACAUGUGUCACUUGGGAGAAUAUGGUUUGUCCAAACCCACUGAAUAAAUGUUUCGGUCAAGUUGACGGGACACUUAUGCCGUAUCUAGGUUGUGAAACAUACUGGAUGUGCCAAGGGGGAAUACCACUACCAAUGGCUUGCUCAAAUAAUAGAAUAUUUGAUCCAAACACUCUUCAAUGCAUACCAGAUCCCGGAACAACUAGUUGUUUUGGUCCCACUCUCCAAACUUGUAAUUUUGAGGAGGACCCAGCCGACGCGUCUAAAUAUUUCGUGAAGCAACAGGCUCAAGAUGGUUCAGUUAUUAUGAUUCACCAGACAUGCGCAUCUGGAACCCUUUAUGACCAAUCAAAAUGUUCAUGUUCAACACAUGACACAAACAUUGUUAUUUUACCUACAGGUUGUCAAGCAUUGGUGGAACAAGGUCAAAAUGGCGUUUUCACCUUUAAACAGACAAGUGAAUUGAUAUACGGCAUCAAUUCAAAUGCUCUUGUGGAUUUUCAAACGGAUCCAGAUGCAAUGAAACUUACACCUAACGGUCAUAUCAUAAUGUAUCGGUUGGCUAAUUAUGAUUUUCAACAGGCCUUUGCAGUGUCCUUCAAAUUGCAGCUGUCAGCAAGCAGCCCAAGUGGCUUGCAACAAAUUCUUAUAAACUGUAUAUAUCCUGACACUGCAACCUCCUUGAUCGAUACGCCAUCGAUUUCUAUACAAGUGGGCAAAUCACCAACUGGCGAUUAUACAUUUUUUAGUCAGUUGCAGACAACAGACGGAAUGCAAAUCAUAAACGUUUCGAUAACAGGCUCAACUUCUGCUUAUGUUGACGUAACAAUGGCUUAUGAUGGCAACGUCUUUGUUUUAAAUGUUGAUGGUCAAGAAAGUUCCAUUGCCAUGACAGGAUCAAUAUUAAAAGGUCCAACUUUUGCACUUGGCAGGCCACUUACUCAACCUACCGCUAAUGGCAUUCAGUACUUAGAUGGUAGUAUCAAAAAUCUAAAGAUCUACGAUUGUAUAGCUCAGGAGAUCAAGGACAAGCUGAAUGCAAUGUAACGAAGGCAAUUCAAAUAAAAAAAGUUGGAAUGUUUUGAAGAAAACUACGAAAUUGUAUAUCAUGUGAUUACCUCAAUCUUCUAACAUUUGUAUGUACAAGGCACAUUGAUGCAUUCGUCUUUUUAAUGCAUUGUGUAAUACUAUUUGAUGUCUAUUGUAAUAUAAAAACAAAACUUCCUGUAAAUAAACCAAACAUGUCUGAAUGUAAAUAUUAUUAUAUAAAUAUCAGCACAUAAUGCUGAAAUAAUUUUAACAUUAUAAAUAUGAAUUUGUAUAAAACUUCAAUAGACUUCGAAAUAUGUUUUUAUGAGUAAGUGAGCAACGAUGAAGACAGUUCCUAUAUCUGAUAAAUGUUAUCCACUCAAGAAACACAAAUAUAAGUUAAUUGUCAAAAUGGUCUGUUGGUUAUUAUGUCAUUAUAAAAAUCGUAGAAAAGGUCUGUUCAGUUGUAAAAGCCAAACAAGAAAAAACUAGGUUCUAAUAAGUGUGACUAUAUUUGUGUAUAAUAUUGAAAACAACACGUUAUUAUUUUGUUGCGUCCGAAGCGCUUUUCUGGAUUUACCUUCAUCUGGAACGCUCAAAGCCAAACGUUUGAAAUCCAAAGAUGUAUAAGUACCGAAACCGUUGAAGAGGUAUAUAUAAAAAAUAACUAAAAUAAAUAGCCAAAUUCAUCUCAAGCCAACUUUGCCUGAGGGAGUUGAAACCUUAGUUUCUUAAUAAUUUAUAAAUUUAUAAACGGAUAAUUUUUUUAGUAAAUCAUGUCAGUACCGAAAUACUGACUACUGAGCUGAUGAUACCCUCGGGGACUGAUAGUCCACCAGCAGAGGUAUGCAUUUAUUGAUCAAUGUUCAUCUCAUUUUGUUAUAAUGUGAACGUUAAUGUAGUUUUGUGUUUACAAAUUCACAAAAUCAAACUGCUUUAACAUUUUGCUCGUUUAUUAUUAACAAUGUCCCUUUCUGUGUACUUUCAUUUUGAAUUUUGAUUUUUUUACUUUAAGUGCUACAUUUACAGGGGAAACUCUAUGACUUGUUGUUUAAAUAAUAUGAAUCAAAAUGUAUAAAUUUUGAUAUUGAUAUUGAUGUUGAAAUGUGUUUUAAUAACGCUGUGAUCAUGUUUUAUUGUCAUUU